GUUACAUUUGUAUUUUAAUUAUUUCAGAUAAUUUACACCUCUAUUGGAUGUUAUGGGUGUAAUAUUUGUUUAAAUAUUUGGAAUCUUAUCCAUAUUUUAUAUAACGUUAAUUGUCAUACUCAGACUUAAUUAAUAUUAAAAUGUACAUAUAUAACUGUUUUUUACACCUUUAAAAUGGAUCGAAACAUUGGUGUGUCUAGUGACGAUGUUGUGAAAUUAAUUCUGCAAUAUCUGAAAGAAAACAACUUAAAGAAAACUCUACUUAUGAUGCAAGAGGAGACCGGAGUUUCUUUAAACAGUGUUUCAAACUUGGAAGUUUUAAUUUCUGACGCACAAAUGGGUAGAUGGAGUCAAGUUUUAGAGACAAUAGACACAAUGAAAUUAUCGCAGGAUACAUUAUUUAAGCUAUACGACCAGAUUGUGAGGGAACUGGUUGAUUUGAAGGAAACCAAGCUGGCAUUACUUUUAAUGGAGAACUGUGCUCCCCUGGUUUCAAUGCAAAAAAGUGACCCUGACAACUAUAGAAGAUUGUUGGAAUUGUGCAAGAACAGACCAAGUGAUUCAAAGGAAAUUUACGCAGGAAUAUCAACUGACGCAUCUCACCACCAUCUGACUAAAGAAAGGAAAAGAAACAUUGUAGCGGAAGCUCUUUCUAAGGAUAUAGAACACGUACCACAGUCUAGACUACUUGCCUUGUUGGGAAUGGCGCUGAAAUGGCAAAAUCAUGUAGGAAUAUUACCCCCUGGAGAGAAAUUCGACGUCUUUAAAAACAUUUCUAAAAUGUCAGACGAAGCACCCGAAUAUGUUAAAAACAUUAGUAAAAUCAUUAAGUUUGCCGAGAAUUCACAUCCUGAGUGUGUAGUUUUUACUCCAAACGGUCAAUACUUGAUUUCUGGUUCCUCGGAUGGAUUUAUCGAAGUUUGGAACUGGAGUUUGGGAGUUUUGGAUACUGAAUUGUCAUACCAGGCAAAUGACCAUUUCAUGUUACAUGAAACCUUAAUAACAUGUUUGGCAGUUAGUAGAGACUCAGAAGUUCUUGCAAGUGGUGACCAGAAGGGUAAUAUAAAGAUAUGGAAAAUUGAUACUGGCGAAUGCCUAAAAACCAUGAAUAAUUCACACAAAGGAGCCGUAACAUGCGCCACAUUCAGUAGGGAUUCAUCCUGUCUUUUGACUGGGUCUUUCGACUCACUUGCAAGGAUUCAUGGGCUAAAGUCGGGAAAGCCACUGAAGGAGUUUAGAGGCCAUACAUCCAUAGUAAACACAGUGGUUUAUUCAAUGGAUGGAACUAGAGUUAUCACAGGCUCGAGCGACGGAUUUGUGAAGGUCUGGGAUACAAGGACCUGUGAAUGCCUAAAAUCAUUUGCAGCCUUCAUACAGCGCGAAAACGAUGACAGAGACGGCCCUUUGAUAUCAAAAUCAGUCAACACAAUACUAAAUUUAAGCACAGCGGGUCAAAGUGAAAUGUUCCUGGUGUGCUCAAAAUCGCCAGUUCUGAAGCUUUUUAACAUGAACGGAAGUUGUUCAAGGGAAUUUACACACGAAGAUAUCGAAAACGUUUGCUUCCUGGAUGUUUCAGUGUCGAAGAAAUUUGAAUGGCUUUACGCUCUGGGAGAUGAUGAUCAGGUUUAUUGCUUCAACUUCAAAUCAGGAAGUUUAGAUAAUGUUCUCAAGGUCCACGACAAGGAGGCUAUUGGUCUUGUACAUCACCCAUAUAACUCAUUACUGGCAUCUUGGGGACUAGAUCGCACAAUUAAAAUAUUAUGUCCCUAAAUUUAAUGUUUUUUAAGUAAUUA